AUGGUGAAGGCAAUCCAGGUCCUCAGAAUCCACCUGCUGGAGCUGGAGAAAGUCAAUGAACUCUGCAAGGACUUUUGUAACCGUUACAUCACCUGCCUCAAAACCAAGAUGCACAGUGAUAACCUGCUCAGGAAUGACCUCGGGGGGCCCUACUCCCCCAACCAGCCCUCCAUAAACCUUCACUCACAGGACCUCCUGCAGAAUUCCCCCAGUUCCAUGUCUGGAGUCUCCAAUAACCCCCAGGGGAUUGUGGUCCCAGCCUCAGCGCUCCAGCAGGGCAACAUCGCCAUGACAACUGUCAACUCACAAGUGGUGUCAGGUGGAGCCUUAUACCAGCCGGUUACCAUGGUAACCUCCCAGGGUCAGGUGGUCACCCAAGCAAUCCCCCAGGGAGCCAUCCAGAUCCAGAACACACAGGUUAACCUUGACCUCACCUCCCUCCUGGACAAUGAGGAUAAGAAGUCCAAGAACAAACGAGGAGUCUUGCCCAAGCAUGCCACCAAUAUAAUGCGUUCUUGGCUCUUCCAGCAUCUCAUGCACCCCUACCCCACGGAGGAUGAGAAGAGGCAGAUCGCGGCCCAGACAAACCUCACCCUCCUGCAAGUGAAUAACUGGUUCAUCAACGCCCGGAGGCGCAUCCUGCAGCCCAUGCUUGACGCCAGCAACCCCGACCCUGCCCCCAAAGCCAAGAAAAUCAAGUCACAGCACCGGCCCACCCAAAGGUUCUGGCCCAACUCCAUUGCUGCAGGGGUGCUGCAGCAGCAGGGUGGUGCCCCGGGGACAAACCCCGAUGGUUCCAUCAGCCUGGACAACCUGCAGUCCCUGUCCUCAGACAAUGCCACCAUGGCCAUGCAGCAGGCUAUGAUGGCCGCACACGAUGACUCAUUGGACGGGACAGAAGAAGAGGAUGAGGAUGAGAUGGAAGAGGAGGAGGAAGAGGAGCUGGAGGACGAGGCCGACGAGCUGCAGACGACGAAUGUCAGCGACCUGGGCUUGGAACACAGUGACUCCCUGGAGUAAUCGGGCAGCCCAGAUGGCACUGAUCACCGAGCAGGAGAGGAGUGUCGUCAGGAGGGCUUCAGGGUGGGGGAGGGGGGGAGGAGACACGGGCAGGCAGCACCGAGGAAGUUGGCCCCUGGCUUCCCAAAAUCAGUAGCUGGAGGAAAUGCAGAGGAAACACCUGUUCCUUCCCAACCACCAAGCUUCAACCAGUACCCUGGCCCCACUUCCCUAGAGCUGCAGAGGACUCCGUUUGGCGGGGCCAGUUGAGCAGCCUGGACAGAAAGGCAGGAGUGAGAUCUGGACUCACCAAAUCCCUGAGGACAGAUGGCACCCAUGCCCCCCAAACCCCCGCCACUGAAGGACUUGAGUUGUUUACAAGCCCUGCGCUGUGAGGUGGAUCAGUGCUGUUCACAGAGUGAGCCUUUGCCAGGGAACAGAGUUAGGAGGAAAGGGAGAGACAGACAAAAGGGGUCUGGGUUCCACCUCCAGAGGGUUGUCAGCUCCUCUGAGAGACAUUCAAGGGCAGGAGGGAGCCUCAACGUAUAAUCCGUGGCUGGAGGAGGGGAACGGCCUGAGGCAUCACAUCCGGCAGACCAGAGUGGGACCUGGACUCCUAGAGCUCCUCUCAGCCCUCCAAGGCCCUGCCUCUGGGCUCGGGCAACCGUGGACUUGGGAGAGAGGGAUGGGAGCCACCAGAGCUGCCUUCUCUCUCUCCUGGAAAUCAGUGGUAAGCUGGUGGGCUCAUUUAUAGGAGGUUAAGCGGAGUCCCUUCACCUGGGUUGGCUCCAGGACCCAAGGAGAUGGCAGAACCUGGGCUAGGAGCCGUAUCAAGGUGACUUUGGGGACCACAGCUAUCCCCAGCGGUCACAGAACUCAGCUCCUGUAACAACAGGACAGCGGUGUCUUAUCCCAGAUGUUCCAGCCCUCGGAUGGAGCUCCCCAGGCGUUCCACCCCCUCCAGGGGCCAUCAGAGAGGGUGGAGCCAGGUUAGCUUGGAACCUGUCCACCCUUCCUGUCCCUCACUGCUGUCCCCCUGCUCCCAGGCCGGCUCCACCAGCCUUCAUCCUCUCGUCUUCACUCUAUCCUUCAGAGGAGGCAGAAGAAACAUUGGAAAGAAGCAUCCAGCCCAGUGGGAAGCCAGGGGUUUGAGAAGGUGCUACAGCCCUCUUCCCGUCAAUAUCCACAGUGUGGAGGAGGUGCCCCACCCCCCGCCUCACUGUUCUCCACGCCAUCACUUACACAGCACUGGAGGAACUGGGGCUCCACCAGGAGGAGGAGUCUUCCCACCAUCUGCCCAACACACACCCUCCCACCCCAACAUCCAGUCCCCCGGGGUUGGCACCCCAUCCUCCCGUUCCCUCCCACCCCUAUGGCUGUGAAUGACGGGACUGAUCACACGUGUGUUUUCCAUUGAAUUUAAUUUAAUGGACUUGCAGCUUCAUUUGUCAGUUGUGCGUUGGCCAUCUCUGUCAGUGGCAGGAUGUGAGCGGCUGCCUGGCUCAACUCACGGGCCCCCGCGGGACCCCCUAAGGAGGAGCAAAAGGAUGGUGGCUUUCCUGAGGUCUCCCUGAAAUGAAUGUAUUUCUUCCCCCAAAAGAGCUGAUAUUUAAUGUUUUAAUAGGGAUUUUUGAGAAACAAAUAACCUUAUUUAUAAUCUGGGUGAUCCAAUCAUUUUUUACUCCCUUUUGAUGCCAUAGGUAGAGGAAAGUCUAGCUUUUUUGGCGUGAGACUUUUGCAACGUGAAGUGGGAUAAAAUACAUUUCCUGUUCUGGUUCAUUUUUCUUGUUCACACGCACACCCUUCCACUUAUCACUUUGGACAGGCAUCCCACCCCAGCACAGGCACACCUGCACACACGUGCCCACACAUCCUCCUCCCAGCCCCCUCCACCUGCCUAAUGUUAUGCAACCUCUUCUGAUGUAUCCACCAAACCAGUACUGAAUGUGGCCGAGUUUUCAGUAAACCUUAUUACCUACCAUAAUUCUGGCGCGCGAUUCUCUUUUUCUGUGAUUAGGGGUUAGGGGGACCCUGGACCAGAGAAAACGUGGAGGCCUCAGCAUACUCCUUGUUGACCUGAAUACCCAUGAAAGGACCAAGGAAGAAGGCUUUCUGGGUGUCCUCAGUUUACCUGUCUGGGGAGGAAG